GGCAAUAAUGGUGAGAUUGAUCUGGCACUUGGUUGUCUUGCAGUUGUGCCUGCUGAACGCAGCACCGGCCAGGAAUUACCGUCGCUCAGGUAGCCCGCCGCUCAUCGAACCGCGUAGCCAAUGGAGCACCGCCGCCGACGUGCGACCGCUGCACUACAACCUCAGUUUGCUGACGGAGGUGGACGAGGUGAAUCUGCAUGGUACCUUCCAGGGUGAGCUGACCAUCCGGGUGCGCGUGUGGCGCGAAACCCGCACCAUUGUCCUCAGCACGAAUGGCCUGCGAGUGGACCCCAAAGUGUGGCUCAUCCGCAAAAACACCGGCGGCCGGGUGGCGGUGCGCAAACUGUGGCAUGACGUGCGCCACCAGCGAUUCGGCAUCCACUUCAAGAGUCUGCUCUGGCUGGGCGAGGAGUACAGCCUGAUGCUGGCGUUCAGCGGCAAGCUGUCCCGCACCAGUGGCUACUUUGUGGCCGGCUACGUCGACGCCAGCAGCCAUCCGCAGUGGGUGGCGGCCAGCCAGCUGGCGCCCAAUCUGGCCAACACCGUCUUUCCCUGCUUCGAGGACUCCACCCUCCUCAGCCCCUUCGUCCUCAAUUUGGCCCACACGAGGGACACCAAUGCGGUGAGCAACACGCGGGUGCGCGCCACCUCCGACCAUGAGAGGGAUAACUACAUGUGGACAAGCUUCCACCAGACUCCGCCGAUGUCUGUCCAGAAGUUGGCCUUCUCGAUCAAUCGGUUCACGGGACAGAAGUCGCCAAGAUUGGCACAGUGCCCCGAGAUGAUUACCUGGUUGCGACCGAGGAUUGCCGAUCAGGGGGCCUACGCCAUCGGCAUCGCGCCCCAUAUCAUAGUCUUCUUUGUGGACCUCUUCGGCAAGCCGUAUCCGUCGGUUAAGAUUGACCAGCUGGUUCUGCCCGAUACCGCUUAUCAGAGCCACGAGCACAUGGGCUUGGUCAGUUACCCGGAGGGAGCGUUCCUCUACAGCGAGCAGGGCUCGACGGCGAUGGCCAAGCAGCAGGUGGCCAGCCAUGUGGCCCAGGAGUUCUCCCACCAUUGGUUCUCCGACCUGGAGAGUCCAUCCCUCUACUGGCUGCACUACGGCCUGUCCGACUACCUGGCCGGCUUCGCCGUGGACAAGGUGGAGCCCACGUGGCGACUCCAUGAGCUGGCCAUGGUGCGGCAGGGCUUCGACGUCCUCGACGAGGACUCGCGGGCCAGUGCCCAGGCUGUGAGCCUCGCCCACACCACCCAGUCCGCCGUCGACGACAGCCAUGCCUACCAGAAGUCAGCUCUGCUCUUCCGCAUGCUGCACUCCCUCAUCGGAACCCAGGUGUUUGUGAAUGCGAUACGACUGUACAUACGGCGCGGCCAGAAGGGUGCCUCCAACCAGACGCUCCUGUGGAAGACGUUCCAGGAGGAGUCGGACCGCCAGAUGAGCCUGCGCCAGGACAUCCAGGUGAGCCAGCUGAUGGAGUCGUGGACGCUGCAGCCGGGCUAUCCGCUGGUGAAGGUGGUGCGCGACUACGCCACGCAGCGGGUGACAGUGACCCAGGAGCGGUUCCUGCGCAACCCGCGGAUGGGAGGCGCCAGGUCGGGGCCGAUAAGCCGCCGCCAAUGCUGGUGGGUGCCGCUGACCUUCACCACGGCGGGCCGCGGCAGCUGGGUGUCGGCGCUGCCCAGCGAGUGGCUGACCUGCCAGGCGCACCGGCCCGCCCGUCCGCUGGUCCUCACCGAGGUGGCCCCGCCCGACGACUGGGUGGUCUUCAACCUGCGGGUGACCACGCCCUGCCGCGUCACCUACGACGACCGCAACUGGGGGCUGAUUGGCCAGGCACUGGCCGGUCCGAAUGCGAGCAACAUCGACCGCUUCACCCGAGCUCAGCUGGUGAGUGAUGUCCUUAGCCUGGCCGGCGCCGGGGUCGUGACCUAUGACCUGGCCCUCGGCUUCCUGCAAAAUCUGCAGCGGGAGGACGAGUUCAUCGUGUGGCAAGCGGCGGCCAGGAAUCUGAGGUGGCUUCACCGCACCCUCCACAACACCCCGAUAAUCUCUGUCUUUAAGAGCUUUAUGUGGAGCAUACUGCAGCCCAAGUUCGAUGAGCUAUUUAACCCGCGGACCCGAUCACCUGGAAAGAACAACAAAUUGGACCUUAAAGGGCUUAUCCUGAUGCUGGCCUGCCAAACGGACAUGAGACCCUGUGCGGAUCUGGCCCUCAAGGAGUUCGCCGGUCUGACCCUCAAGAGCAAUCGCAUUCCGAUAGAUCAACGCGAGACGAUCUACUGCACCGCCAUCCGAUAUGGAACAGAGGCCGAUUGGACGUUGCUAAGGCGUCUGUACACGCGAUCGAAUGUGGCUGAGGAGCGGGGAAUCAUCCUCAGGGCCCUCACUUGUAGCCGCGAAAACUGGGCACUGGACAAAAUGCUCGGCUUGGCCUUCGGUAGUCGCUAUUUACCCAAGGGCGAUGUUUUGCUUAUAUUCAGCGCAAUGGCUCAGAAUCCCUUGGGCUUCAUCCUAGCCAAACGAUACCUAGUGGACAACAUCCAGGCAAUCACUAAAUUCUAUAGAAACAGCACCGAUGAGAUUGCCCAACUCGUUACUGUGUUGAUGGAAAAGGUUAGCACGGAGACUGAGCUCGACUAUCUACGAAAGCUGAUGAAAAAAGAACUGAGGUAUCUUCCGGGCAUCGAGGCCACCUCCCGACGUAUCCUGGACCUUGGACAUGACAUUAUUGCCUGGCAUAAGAUACAGUACCUGCGCUUGGUGUCCGCCGUCUGCAACAUUACCGGAUCCAUAGAACCACAGUGCUUAUACUAAGAGGAAACUGUGAUGAUUUCAUAGACCCCAAUCGAAUAGCAUCCAUCCAAUUGAAGGUUACUGGUGAGAUCCAACUAUUAAAGUUGAUUAAUAUAACAUAAUAACAUAAUAAAAAGCAAUUCUAUUUAUUUUAA